AUGCUCCACGAAAUCCUCCUCUCCCUCUCAGGCCACCCUUCCCCCCUGCUCCGAACCGCCCAAGCCUCAGACCCCGAUGCGCCCGCUAGCACCCUGAUCUCGCCGCCCGAGCGCGAGCUCCUGCGCUCCGUCGCGCACCUGAGCGAGCUGCACGUCAAGCUGCUCAGCUUCGGCGCCCAGAUAGCCGCCUCGCACCGCUCCAUGAUAUGCCGCGCCGUGGCCACCGCGGUCAGCAGCCUGCACCUGGCCGCGUUCCAGCGCAAGGUGCUCGAGGUCGAGGAGACCAUCCUGCGCAAGGACGCCGGCCUGGUCGGCGCCUACAAUAUCGUGCCGCUGACGGCGGUGGUCGGCGAGUUCAGCGGCUGGACGAGGAGGUUGGAGUGGCUGUGGGAGACGGUGCAGUUCAUGCUUGUGAAGGAGAAGCGCGCAGAUGGCACCGAGACUUUCUGCACCGGGGCGGCUGUCAUCAACCGACUGCGUGGUGAGCUGCAGACGGGGUAUGCGGAUGUCGAGGAGACGGCCCGGAGCUUGGCCCAGGUCGCGGAGACCGCCUGGGUGAAGCAGGUGUCGGCUUGGAUCUUGUACGGCCGUCUACCCGGGUUUGGUGCCGAGGAUUUCUUCAUCCAGCAGCCAGCGGACGGAGAGGAUGACUUCAUCUCUGUCCCAGAGCUUCUUCCAUCAUUCGUCACCUCCCCGACAGCUGCGUCGAUGCUCUUCAUCGGGCGUUCUCUUAAUCAUAUCAGGUCCAAGAGCAGCGUGGAGGGCGGCAUGCAGGGGAUGGAUCACCUGUCAUCUCAGCUGCGCGAGCUCUCCCAGUUGACAUACCCCUUGGACAGUGCGACCUUCUCACGGACAGUCACAAGUAUCAGGCUCUUUCUUUCUCGGAAUACUCUGCAGAAACUCCUACCUCUAUCAAGGGUCCUGGAGAUGCUCCACCUCCUCCGAGAUUUCUUCCUGCUCGGUCGUGGCGAGUUCGCCAUGGCCCUCACACAACAAGCGGACGAGAAGAUUCGUAGCAGGUGGCGAAGGGCCGAUAACCUGGCCCACGAGAAGCGCGACGGCCUGAGCGGCGUCGUUGUGAAAGAAGGUGAAGUCAUCGCUGUCCUGACCAGGACGUGGGCUUCGAUGAGCUCCAUGCAAGGGCACCGGGUGGAAGAGGACGAGGGGCUUGAAAUGGCCAGAGAUCUUCUCAAGCUGACUCUGGCAAAGUCAAAAUCGACCACCCCUGCGAGACUGGGACCAGCGAGCCAGAUUUCGACGACUCCAUUUCGCAACCUCAUGUUCUCUGUUCCCGUCACUCUCACCGUCCGGGUCCCCUCGCCCCUGGACCUGUUCCUGAGCCAGUCGGAUGUGCAGGCUUACACAGCCAUCAACUCCUACCUCCACUCGAUCCGCCGCGCGCACCUGCGCCUCACAGACCUCUGGAAGAUCACGCCGCUCAGGAGGCACCACCCGCCACCGCCUAAACCGGCACAAGGGAGCACCAAGUUCGGCCGGGCCCGGGUGGUCCUGCUGCGGGAGCGACAGGCCCGUCGGAUGCUCGCCAUGCGCAGCGCGUGGACCACGUGCAGCGCGGCGAUCUUCUUCCUCGCCGAGGUCGAGGGGUACCUGCAGGUCGAGGUCGUGGCAGAGCUGUGGGAGGGCCUGCAGCGGUGGCUCACGACGGGCAGCGACGAGCACCGGCCGCCCGAGUCCACGAGGCCGUCGCGCGUGCCGACGCCAGCCCCUGUACAGGACCCGGACGCGAUGGACGAGGAUGACGACGACGAGGACCUGUGGCUUGCCGAAGGCGUCAAGACGCCGCGGGCGCGGGAAAACGCCGGCGUGGAGGACAAGCACCCCCACGACCCCCAGACCCUGGCUGCUGCGCACCGGCUGUACCUGGCCACGCUCGUCCGCAGGCUGCUCCUGUCGCACCAGGACUUCACGGACCCGCUGUACCACCUCCUCGUGGAGGUGGACCAGCUCGUGGCCAUCAUCCACCGGCUGCAGGAGAUAUGGAACGCGAUAGACCUCGAGGAAGACAUGGGCGUCGUGGACGCCUUUGUCGACCUGGAGCGCGAGGAGCAUGACAUAAAGGGGCGGAUCAAUUCCGUAGAGGACAAGAUCAAGGCCGGCAUCGAAGGUGUCAUCACGGUGUUGCGGAACAUUGAGGCGGAUCACGAGGGCCUGGCUUGGGGGGGCGAGGAUGCUGGCGAGGACGGCGAGGGAGGUGCCGGGCUCAGAGAGGAGGGGCAGUAUGUGCCGCGCCGCGUGGGCGGACUAGAUCGGCUGUUGAUGAAGCUGGACUUUGGGAGCUGGUUCAACCGUGGAGAUGGGGCGGCAGCGGCAGGCGAGGAGACGUGA